AUUAAAUGGACCGUUUGCCCGUAGUUAUUCCGCGGCCAGCUGCAAGACCCGCCUAGCCGCCCACCUUGACCCCUCAAUUCCCACUCUCCCAACAAGGCACCGCAGUGUUGGCUGUCGAGCGUCAUCAACGUCACCGGGUUACCAGCACUCUCCACCACCAGCUUUGCAGUCGCUGGAGCCUGCUUUGCAAUCGCUGGAGCUUGCUUUGCACGAGGCCUUUCGACCUUUUCCGACACAGAACCACCGACACAGAACCACAUCGGGCAUACCCGAGGUUGAAGAUGAGCGGUCCCGAGUCAACCAUCGCCGGGCUUUCGGUUUCGCAGUCGAGUCUGUCGGCUGAGAAGCUGGAACCAACUGCGGCAGCUGGUUCCCAGGCGGUUGAUCUUGUGCCUGUCAUCGAGGAACACAUUGUCCCGUUGCUGGAUCCUAAAUUCCUCCGUUAUUUUGUCGACGUGGUUUCCAAGGUCAAGCCAGCCCACGACAUUCCGAUCCAAGAAGUGCGCGCCAACCCGCAGAACUACCGGCCCCCGUGUGCUCUGGAUGCAUCCAAAGAGCCCAGAGUUGCCGAUUAUGCUGUCGGCUCUCAGGAUGGCGCGACAGUGCCGGUUCGGGUCUAUCACCCCGACCCACAAGCCUUUGGGGAAGGGCCAUAUGCCGUACACUUGAACUACCAUGGCGGUGGUUUUGUGUUUGGGGAUCUUUGUACCGAGGCCCAGCUCUGUCUCAGUAUGCGCGAGGCCGGGGUUGUGGUAGUCGAUGUCAACUACCGUCACUGUCCAGAAACAACUUGGGGAAAAUGCAUCCAAGAUGCGUGGGCUGCCCUGAAUUGGGUUCGCGACUCAUCUAGCACGCUCAAUAUCAAUCCAACUUCAGUAUCGAUCGGCGGCAUCUCGGCUGGCGCACACAUCUGCCUGGUUCUGCAGCACAUGGCGCGUGAUGCUGGCAUCCCCCUCAGACUUUGCAUGGCGUCAGUCCCGCCCUCGACCGACUCGCUGACGUACGCAUACUACACACAGUCGUCGUUCCAGUCUUUCCACGACUUCCAUCGGGCGCCCGUCUUGCCGUGGAAGCGUAUGCAGUACUUCGGCCGCCUCUGCAUGCCGCAGGAGACGCUGCCGGAGCUACGGAAGCUGUGGCCCGACUGGUGGUUCGCCCCCAUUCGCGCGCCAAACUGGAAGGGGCUCUGCGAUACAUUUGUCCGGACCGCUGAAGUUGAUCCGUUGAGAGACGAGGGCGAGGCUUACGGCAUGAAAGUCGUAGCGGGUGGAGGCAAGGUUACCUUCAAGAGAUACCAAGGCUGUCCGCACACGUUCAUGUAUCUCAGCUUUCUAGCACAGAAGGAUGAGUACGAUCGGGAUGCGAUUAUAGCUCUCAGGGUGGCUCAUGGACUGGAACAAUGAGCAGGACAAUCCUCGUCAACUUUAUGGGUAGCAAGACAAAAACCAUGACAACUGAAAUACUCGCUCCCAAAGGACAGCCAAGAUCUAAGCCUCUCAAGUGUCUUCUGGCGUGUUUGUAUUGCAGGGUACCUGUUGAACUAUUGCAUCGCCAUUUUGUGUCAAAAUGCACCCUACCGAAGAG